AUGACAAAGGUACACCCAAACGCAACCCUUCCAGAGGCAGCGCCACCCUCUAGCAAUGGCUCCUCGACGGUGCUGACAGUGUGGAAGAAGUCGCUGCUAUUUAACUGCGAUGGUUUCACCGUGUUCGACGCCAAGGGCGACCUCGUCUUCCGAGUUGACAAUUAUAUGUCCCAUAAUAAAGCUCAAAUUGUUCUCAUGGACGCUUCCGGCAACUCUCUCCUCACUAUUCGCCGUAAGAAACUGAGCUGGUUGGUGUUUGACGGAGAGACUGCAACGAAUCCGAGGUUUUCGGUGAAGAAAAAUAUCAACCUCCUGAAUACAAAGUGCCUGGUUCACGUUAGCUCCCCGGCCGGAAAGCCCGAAGCGGUUCACGUGAUUGAGGGGUCCUACGUGCAGCGGUGCUGUGCCAUGUACGAUAAAAACCGACGGCAAGUGGCGGAGAUCAAGCCGAAAGAGGCCGCCGUCAAAGGCGUAGCUUUCGGAACGGAUGUAUUCCGUCUAAUCGUAGAGCCGGAAUUUGAUAUGGCUAUUUCAAUGGCCAUUGUGAUCAUCCUCGAUCAGAUGUUCGGAUCUUCCACCAUUUCCCGGCGGCGGCGUCUGUGA